UCAACCAGUUUGCCCUUUGUUUUUUCUUUCUUAUUUCCUUAGUGUGGGUUUCAUUGUACUUUGCAUUCUUGGGUCUGUGUUCUGUGAUUACUGGCGGCUGCAUUCUCUUUCUACACUGGAGGAAGAACUUGCAGCGGGAAGAGCGUGCCCAGGAGUGGGUGGAGGCGAUGAGAGUCACCACAUUUACCUACAGCCCGCUGCUGUACUGGGUUAACAAGCGACGGCACCAUGGCAUGAAUGCAGCCAUCAACAUGGGCCCUCCCUCUGCUAUCACCGAGCCUGAGGCCGAGGUCCAGCAUUUGGAGUUGGACAUACCUGAGGGCAGGAGCCCCAAGGCAGAAGCCCCUGUCUCUCUGCAACCUGCAUUGCAUAAGGUCCUGCAGCAGCAGCCCCAGCCUUCUGUGAUGCCUCAGCCCCAUGCCAGCUCCCCACUCUCAAUUCCCAUCUUUCAGGAGGUGCCCUUCACCCUCUCCCUGAACAACCUACCCCCCUUGCUGAACCACUCAGUCUCCUACCCGUUGGCUACCUGUCCUGAAAGGAAGGCCUACUUUCAUUCUCUUCCCACCCUGGCCCAUGGGGACCAAUGCUUUAAUGUCAAGCCUUUUGCUUCAGAAUUGUAGUCUGCUGAGAGUGGGAGCUGGAGGUAUCAGCAGAGCCAGAAUUAAGCUGCCUCAGGAAGGUAACUGCAUUAAUAGAGGCUAGGGCACUAUGAGAGAUUAAAAAAGCUCAAGGUUCCUUUGUCUCAUUUGU